AUGGUCGAGUUGAGAGAGCAGAGCAGAGCAGAGCCAACCUUCAAUUCAACCUUCUCCUCCUUCGACAGCAACGGCGGCGGCGGCGCUUCAGCUGUUCAUAAUCGUGGGGAUGGUCGCAAAGAAAUGGGAAUGGAGAUGGGAAUGGUGAUGGAGAUGGAAAUGGGCAAAAGACAAAGGGCAAAAGGGCUCUUCUCUGUGCCAUUCGCCCUCUGUCGUUGGCCACCCAGUGCACCACCACCCACUCCGCUCUCCCAGUGCCAACGCAGCGCGUCCCCCCUGGCCUUCCUUGCUCCCUCGUCCACCGCGCUCUGGAGUCUGCGCCGACGAGGGCUGGAGAACGAGCGUCACGGCGCCAAUCACGACGCAGCGAGUCAGGAUCAAGGCAGGCUCAAGGCCCUGGCAACAGCAUGGCCAGCACAGACCCAGAGCGCCCCGUCGACAAGGAUGCGCCGCUGCUGGCCCAAUCUCGUCGUCGUGCGGUGCAGGCACUCGGUCGGAUCUCGCCGCAAGAGAACACGCCUCUGGCCUCUUGUCUUCUGUUUCCAGCAGCCUACAUACGGCGUACAGAGUACAGCUCGAUGUACAUGUACCGCUGCGACAUCAGAUGCAGCUACCACUACCAGCCUACCACGGCGUGAGAUAUAUGAUAUAAGCUUCCUCGGGUGGCACUACGUGGACUGGACACGCCAGGCGCUCCAUCGAGAGCGAGAUGCGCCCUUUGUUGGGGAAAGUUUGUGUUGCCCUGGUCUGAGCAGUGGCUGGGGCGUUGUCAUCUGCCAGAAGGGGAGAUCAGGAGGUAUAGGAGGUGCAAGAGUCUUGCAUGAGCAUGAUUAUUGA